AUGAAUCUGAGUAUUCCGUGAGUCCAGACAUUGCAGACUGCCUUUAAUUGAGUAAUUGAGGUCAGAAUGACUGCUCAGGCCUGGGUUACAUAUAAAUGGAGCUCAGGCAGUCAGACUGAGAAAAGUCUUUUUGGAUUAUGUGUUAUUUUGGGAGAGAUUUUUAUUUAUUGUCUUCCCUUUGACCAUGCAAUGGAUGCUCUUUGUUGGGUAAGGCCUGUGUGAUACAAUAAUCUGUGUAUAAUCAUUUUUUAUUAUUCUGUAUAUAGUUUCCUUUUAAUUCCUCUGCAUUUAAUUAUAUUCGCUAAAGUGUGCGUUUUCAUGUAUUUAAAGUGAGUUUCAACCAUGCAUUGCACUUUGAAUUCUGCACAAUUAAUACAGUUGUGACUCUCCCUGUUAUCUGUGUUUUAGACUUAGGUGCUCAUUCACUAAAUGAGGAAUUUUGAAGGCCCCCUUUUCUCUCUUUUUUUUUUUUUUCUCCUCCAGGACUGUUGCAAUUUAAUUCUUCUUAAUUCCUUCUCUAGUGAGUACAUUUCUGGGGACCUUCUUCCUGGUGUGUUCAGUGACUUUGUAGCUGAUAAAUAUUGUUUGAUGGCCUCCUGGUGUAUUGUGGGUGUUUUGGUUCCAUGGGUAAUGUGAAUUCAGUAGAGCCUGGCAUGGAUGGGGCCAAUCUUUGCCAGUCUGUAUGAAAGUCUGGCUUUCACUUAUUAUAGGCAGCCCUGUGAGUGGCCAUCUGUUGAGUUGCCACAAUCAAACUCUGGAACGUGGACUGCUUUAAGGUUGUAUAGAGGGAGUUAAUAACCUUCCCCAACUAGCCUUAAAUGACCUGGACCAGCAUGUCCUAACCCUUCAUAGUAAUGUAUCCUGUGACUCUGUGUAGGAGUACAAACGAGACCGGGGUUACAGCUUCGUAACUCUCUCUAGAAAUUGACCUAAUUUGGAAACUGUGCAGUAACUCCUACAGAUGUCCAUAAAUAGUCUUGUUGCGCCAUAUCGCUGACUGUAGAUCUACACCGCACUCUGUAUUCGGGUGUGUACCAAGAAAAAAGCCAAUUAAAAUUUACUUUUAAAAUAAAAAUUUCAAAAUUGCAUUUAAACUUUUUUUUCCUUUCACAAAACGGUUACUCCGAGCAUCAUACAAUUACAACCGGCUUUAGUGGAUAUUAUCAAACUAAAAGAAUAAAUGUCGUCCAAUAAAUUCAGGUGGUCUAUUCAGAUAGUAAAGUGAACAGUAAACAUUUUUUUUUUUUUUUUUUUUUUCUUGCAUGACUUGAGACCCCUACAUGUCCAAAUGUCCCUUCACUUUAGCUGAACAACCACCUUUAUUUUUUUUUAUGUAAAACUUUUUGUGGUGGGUUAUGAAAAGGGACACUGACAUUUGAUUUAGCGUGCUUGCCACUCACUUUUUCCUUAUAGUAGUGGAUAUGGUACAAGGAGUACCAUGGCACCAUGACUGCUGACCCCAAAUACCAAAACCGUUACCCCAAUAACGACAUGACACCUGAUUGUUGGGUAAGGGCAACGGCCACAGCUUUAUUAAACUUUUACACAGCCAGCAUUUCCACCUGUCAGCUGUUGGGGUGACUACCCAACAGACAGAUACUCCAAGUCUUUAUCCAGAGUUCGUACAGCCUGCCUUCGGCCAUCAGCCCUAGCAGGCUGCGACUCCCCAAAUCCUUUCCGUGCAUUACGUGCGCUGGCCAGGAACUCCGCCAUAGCUGUGACAAAACAAGAACAGAAACAACCACCACAAGCCAAACCAUCCCAUAGCAUGGGAAAUUUUGGGGGAGGGCGGGCGGGAAACUGUUCCAGACUGCUCCUUCUGCACUGGUGAGUCCCACCCCCCCUGCUCUCCCUCUUAUAUCCCACUAUAUAGGCAACAUUGUAUCUUUUUUAUAUUCCCACCCCUUACUGCAGGGCAGCAGUCAUGCCUCCCCUUCCUUGCAGUCCAGGUGAUAUCUUUCUCCACUAAGGUUAGAAAUGUCUCUACCAUAUUUGGGUCUUUGCUCCAAACUACAAUGACUGGCAGCUGAGUGACACAUGGCGUCUACAGAAGUUGGAUGCUGAGCUUGGAGUUCAUUAAUUACCUUAGAGCAUCAGCAGAUUAAGUAGCCAAUGAAUGACCCUUUGGGCACAGAACUCUCAUUCUGAGCUGGCCAACAAACCCUACUGCAGGUGGAGUUACACCUCCUGCAGCAACGUGUCUGUAUGUGCACUGUUUCAUACAAAACACUGCAUGUACAUCCUGGGUGCCGAAUAGGUAGAUCCACAGUUCUUGAACUACAACUCCCAUGAUGCCUUGCAUGCAUCUAGAAUGUCUUUAUGACAAAGCACCAUGGGAGCUGUAGUUUUAAGACAUCUUGGCUCUACAUUUUGGGUACCCAUGAUGUAAAUGGUCCUUUCACCAUGACACUUCAAAACACUGAAGUAGUCAUGAUUGAAGCAACACUUUAAAACUAAGCUGUGUCAUUAGAGACCUGAACAGGAACUUGAGCCUACCUAUACUGUGGUGCCACUUAGCACGCAUUCCUAUGCUGCUUUGCUGGAAUCCCUGCUUGAGUACAGGUGAACAUAUUAAGGAUUCCUUUUAAAGGCACGGUUAUCUUGGAGACUAAAUAUUUUGGUGGCACUCCAUAACUUGCUACAUGCACAGUGUGGGAUAGGAUACAGGAGUUUUCACUUUGCUGGUGGCUACAUUGUCUCUAACAUUUCUUACCAGAAGGAAGGAUCAUUCUCCGUUGGGCACAUUGUAUCAUUCCUCUGUCAGGUCUGGAUGAUCUUGGAGGUCUGGCUGAGAGUAUUUGGUUAUUAGUUACAUGAGUAACAAUGCUGCAUGGUGCCAGCACUUAUCUGGAGCAACUACAAAAGCAUGCCCAUUAAGCUUAACUAAGAAUGUAAAAUUUAAGCACAUUGACAAACCAUUUUGAUACAGCACUCUCCAAUAUGGCUGUAAAGCCUGCAUAACAUACAAGAGACCUAGAGUUUUAUAGCCGUGACAAACUGAAAGACUUUAUAACAGGGACUCCUUGAUGUGAUUCUCUAGUGUGGAAACAGCUGCAUUUUUAAUUUGAACCUUCCUUAAAUAUGCGCAGAAAGGUAGCGCGGUAUGUGUUGGCUUCAAGGAUUGUAUUGGGCCUACAACACUUAAAACAUUCUCUUCCUCUUCAGAUUUGCCUUGCUCUGCGUGAGUCUACCAUGCAUCAACAGUGCAUCUUUUCCAGUUGGUAAGUCUGUCCGACACUGGCUCAGUUACAGGAAUAGACUCUGAAGGUCUUGGUCACAGGUUCUGACAAAGACUACUUUCUUGUGCAGGGGUUUAUAAGACUGGAUGUCACAGCCGUAGCUUCUGGAUCUGGGUGCAAAAGGACUUCUUGGGACCAACAUGGCAGAUAGAAAUAUUCAGUGAGUAGGACUAACUUAAAAAAAGUAAAACACAAACUACUUUUUAUUCAAAGUAGAUACCCUUAGCAGACAGGUGUAUGAAAGAUCCGGUUUUGGUGUAACACUAUCCAUUGCAUAUCAAUAUGACUAACUUUUACAGAUAAAAAAGUAUCACGCAUCAAAGAAACUUCAUUAAAAGCCCCAAAAUAGGCUUAAUUUAUUAUCUUUGUUAUCCCUUUUCAGAUGACACUAGCUACCCAGUUGUGCUAGAUGAUGACCUUUCAGCGCAGUGUGGGUAUACCAAAAGUCGUGAUGUUUAUGGGAAUGUGGAAGUCAGGAUCUCCUUCCUUGGGUGCUGGGUUAAUAAUUUGGUAUGUAUGACUUAUUUAAUUUUUUGUUUGUAUUGAACAUGGUACUCUUUAUACUGUAUUGUGAAUUCACCGGCAAUGCAGCUCAUUUUGGACUAAAACUGUCAGUCAUUUUGGGAAGGUUUCCUUAUCUGGAUUUUAUUUUACGCGUUUCCCAUUAAUUUAGUGUAUGACUCAACGUAGUAUAGUAAUGUAUCCAACGUGUCGGCACUCCUGUUAAAUCGCCAUGUUUCUUUUUGUAGAACGACAACCAGUUUGACACUGCAGUCCAGUUCAGGGCGCGCCGUAGUAAUGGGGACAUCACUUAUUUGUUAUCAAAAUCCUGCCAGCUCCUUGACCCUUGGAACAUGAGAGAGAUAAUCUGUGAAGAGAAUUACAUGGAGGUAACCAUGGGGAUUUAAGAUGAAAUUGGGGAAGAGAAUCUCCUGUGGGUAGUGGACCUGUAUUGGACAACCUGGAAACUACUGCACUCUAUCUGACCCCCAAGUAAAUGAGGUUGGCUUAGGCUAAUACUUGUGUUCCUCCCCUAGGUCUCUGUGAUAAGAAUUGUUCCUCUGGACAGGAAUUGGCUAAAGACUGACCCUCAGCAAUUCUGGCCUUUGGUAAGGUUGUGAAAUUCAUGAGUUGUUAAAGUUCUUGCCAAUCUGGCGCUGUGAGAAAUUGUGUAAGGCUAUAUAACAAGUAGUGCUGUGAACUUGGAGCAAUGGCCAUUAGAUUUGGCAAGACUGAUAAUUACAAUUUUCACUGGCUAAUUUAAGUAUGGCAUCUGGUCUAAAUCUUGGUAAAAGAUCUCACAAUGGGUGUCACAGGUAUCUUGGUGUCCCUUACUCGACUCUUCCUUUCCUCAACUUGUCCUGGCUUCAUCUACAGCACAGUGAUUAUGAGCUACAGGAAUAGUGAUUAUAGAUCUCUGGAACCUAGUAAAAUUCCUAAUUUUGACCAAAUCGGGGUUAAACAAGAAAAGUUGUUUGUUUCAGAAACACAUAGAUUUGUACCCCCUACACAAACCAGGGGGUCUUUAGUCGGAACAAUGCAAACCAUUCCCUGGUGUCUGGGACAUAUUUGGUUCAAGACAUGAUGACUUAAUAUUCUGCUGGACACUGACACAAUAGCUUUCACACAGUUCAACAUUUAAAAAAAAAAAAUAAAAUAACUGAGCACACAACAAAAUCAUGCCCAUUCUCAUAGGCGUGCGCAGCCUAUUGCAUUAGGGUGUGCACCCUAAAGCACAAGCCGCAUAUGUGUAUAUAUACACACUGCUGUGUGAGGGUGCUGGUAGUGUGCUAUGUGGGUGAGGGUGUUUGUGUGUGCACGCUUGUGAGGGUGCUGUGUGUGUGAGGGUGGGUGAUUGUGGGGGUACAUUACUUGCUAUCCCCCCUGCCUUCUUACCUUUUGUAGGGAGGGGGAUCGUGCUGCUGAUUCCAUCCCUGGUGGUCUAGUGGAGAGUGAACUCUAGCCCCCUGUGGGGCUAGAGUUCACUCUCGCGAGAUUUGAGCGUUGCUGUGGCAACGCUCAUAUCUUGCAAGAGGAACCCAGCGGAGCUGCCGGCAAUGGCUCCGCCGGGCCUCUCCUGCCUGCCUCCCUCCCUGCAUGUGGGUUGGUGGGGAGGGAGGCUGAGAGCAGAGCCGGCACUCGGAUAGCGCCGGCUCUGCAUGAGCCGACAGGGGAGAUCCUGAGAUCUCCCCUUCCGGUCUCAAUAUACGGGGAUUAGGGUGUGCCCAGGCACACCCUGUGUGCACGCCUAUGCCCAUUCUAUGACAAUGGGCAUGCAGCUUGGCACUGAAUGUUUGAGACCUAACUGAACUUGGGAUAAAAAUUGACCUCUGUCCAAUGUUCCCUAUCAUAAACUUGACUCUUGAGGGAAAAGAAAUUGGUAGCAGUAAACAUGGAUGGAAAUCUGAUAGUAUGUAGGGUUUUUUAGUUUUAUUAUUUUGACAGGUUGGCUCUUCCAGAACACUGGUUGGGUCACUAACAAGCUCUACAAAAGUAGUUACAGUGAUGGCAAGUUGCCACAGCCAUAAUGCUGCUAGGGUUUUUUGUUUGCCACUAUCGAAAGGCAGGCUUUGGUUUAAAAGUACCAGGGCACUUUAUUUUACUACAGUUAGAAUGAACAAAUUGGCUACCCAUGAAGGUACACUGCGCACAUGGUUAUAGAGGCAUAGAUGGGAGUCAUGCAGUAACAAUAGGUGGACAUGACCUCUCCUGGCAUUAAUGUCUUGUUAUACAUGAUCUUUCAGCUGCAAGGUAGGCCGUGACAUGUAGACAAUCAGUUCUUGAUGCCCUGUAUUCCUUACCUAAUUCAGGUCCAAGGUGGUUUGUCUCAGCGCUGGCAGGUGCAGUUCACUGUGAACAAAACUCAGAUCAUAAUGUCUGCCAAGGAUGCUUUCAAGAAGGGAUAUGGAAUGAAUGCUACAGCAACCAGGGUGGUGUUCAGAACCCGUUACCAGAGCCUGGAGUCCAUGAUCCUAACGGUGAGCUGGCAUUGGGAUUCAGGGACACAUGAACAAAGUGAAUACAACUAACUAUUCUGCUCUGUCCCUACAGGAUGGCGACUACCACUACAAUGCCAUCCUGAGCAUUAUGUACUAUACCCAGGCUCUGAUUCGUCUCACUGUGAAUACCACCCUUGCUUGCCCCAAUGGUGAGUCUACAUAACAGUGUCUGUCAGUGGUGUAUCCUGGUUUUGUGCUGCCCUAGGCAGGAAGACACUCAGUUUUUUUUUUUUUUUAAUUAACCCCCCAGCCUCCUUAGUGCUGGGGGUUUCCCUCUCUCCCUGGUGGUCCAGUGGCUGCCGGUUGGGCUGGCUGCUGGGCGGGUGGCUGUUGAGGGAGCACUUCCUCUGAACUGUCUGCUCAGCUCCCUCACGCGCCGCAGAGUGAGGCUGGGAGCCGGAAUAUGUCAUCAACCCGGCUCCCAGCCUCGCUCUGCGGCGUGUGAGGGAGCUGAGCAGACAGCUCAGGAAGUGCUCUCUCGCCAGCCGCCUGACAAUCAGCCAGCGCCGCCUGGCAUGUCUGUUAGCCACCAGGUUAACAAGGAAUUUGCCCUGGGCAUUUGGGGGCAGCGUCUUUUGUCCCCCCUGAAAAAUGCCGCCCAAGGCAAAUACCUUGUUUGCCUCGUGGCUAAUUCGUCCCUGGUAAUGGCUGCAUCCUCUCACUGUAUUCUGGAAAUGUUCUGUAUGUAGCUGGACUCUGUCCAAACAUUAUCUCCAUCUAACACUGCCUGCUAUUACUUGGCUAAAGAUGCCACUACAUAUGAAUUAAAGCAACAUUGCAUUUUAUUUUAAAUUGUUCACUAGCCCUAGUAACUAACUACUGGCCUCUUAAGUAUGCCUUGUGGUUAACAUAUGCUGUUCCCAAGCAUCAAUGAAACUCACUGAUGCCCUGUAGUCUGCUUAGGGCUCCCAGAACAAAUCUGACUAAAGAAUUGCAAAUUGGUAAACUUUGAUAUAUUUCCUUCCCAAAUGCAGAUCCUCCUGUCAUGACCCAAACAUCACUGUCAUGGCUGACCCCAGCUGUUCUCUCACCUCUGGUCCUUGAACCCUCACUCUACACUACUACCAAUCUGAAGCUGGGCCUUAAUGGACAGUUGAUAGAUGCAAACCUAAUUGCUCAAAACCAUUACACCUUCCAAAACGAUGGCAACACUGUGGAUGUUACAGUGCCAAUUGGUGCCCCUGGAGGCUACACAGAGGCAAGUUCAUACAUAGGGAUUUACCUGCACUCCUAUACCUUGUCUGGUUCUGGCAUAAGAUGGAAUUCUAACAAAACUGUACGGAUGUCUGUUGUAGAGCGAUAUUGUGAAUAACACCUAUGGAAGCUCAUACCGUAUCCACCUCUUCCUGGAACAAGAAUGGAAUGAGCAACCAGCUGAUAUCACCAGACACACAAUGUUUAAACCAAUCGUCACUCCCUUUCAACCACUACCCCCAAUCUUCAUUAAUUGUAAGUCUGCCUAGAGCAUAAAGGGUAUUGUCAGACAGCCUGGUGGGUUAGCAGCUUAGUGCAAAGUCUGAGAUCCAGGUGGGUAAUGCCGUUCUGCAAAGGAAAGGGGUAUAGGGCAACAGGAUGGCUGCUGAUUUUGUUACAGCUGGUGUGGAUGAGUGACUGGAGAGUAUAAACCUAGAUGUAAUUUCAAGUUUAAGCCAUACUUCAAAUUUUUUGUCUUUAUUUUUUGUUUAGACACCAUCCCAGAAAACUACUAUUUUAACGUGUCUCUCGGUAACUUCUUUCCUGAUGUGGAUCUUAAGUCCUUCAUUAUUAAAAAAGUGCCACUGACUGUGAUCGAGGCAAAGAACAUGGGAUUUAAUGUGAUUAAAGUGCCAAACGCCAACAAUACCAACGCUUUCUUCCUUCAAGUGCCCUUCAACGACCCACUAGUGGUUCAGCAGGUAGCCCACAUUUUGUCUUGGCAUGCCCUCUGUGAAACUGGCUUUUAGCUCACUGGAGGUACAGCUUCAGGUACUCUAACAUCUAGUGUCCCUUUAAUAAAGCCGACCGUAACAGGUCUUUAAACCAGGUAUGACAUCCAUCCAGACUACCUCACCAGGAAGCACUUCUGGGCAGGAUGCUAAACCAUAUUCUACCUCCAUUCCUCAUGUUGUAAGAGCGUCUUCCCAUCUUGUCUUGCAGCUGUCAUGCAUACUGUAAAUGUAAAGUGCUGCAGAAUAAGUUGACUACAAAGUUUUUCUUCCUCUUAAAGCCGGUAUGUGCUAGUCCCACACUGAAUUCCAGCCAGUAUUCACUGGCCUCCAAGUUUCUGCACUGGCAAGAGGGCUGAAAAUGCUUUCCCCAGGCAGUCCUUCUGAUCUCCAAGCAUAAUUGCAGCGCAUGUUCUGUAGUUGCUAUGAGAACUUCACAGCCAAUGCUGCUAUGAAGUGUAAUCACUCUAUUCUGGGCUGGGAACAAAGCUAGCAUGUUGCCAUUGGAGGAUUAUCCUGUUUGGGGAAACACCAUAAGCACUGCAAAUCAGAGCAGUAUUGGAGGUAGGGUAGUUAUCUUUCAGAUUUACACUGAAUAUGUAUCUCCAUUACAUGAUGUGUGUAUAUAGGGAAGCUUAGGCAACAUAAAACAGGCUCACUUAAACAUCCAUAUCCUAACCACCUAUAUACUGUAGGUGACAACUCAGUAUCCGCUGUUAACACUGGAUAACUUGACUAAUAUUUUACUUUUUCUUCCUAGUAUAUCAAUGAAACCACUAGUAGACACUACACUCUGUAUGUGACCUAUGUUAUGACUCUCUUGGAAAAGGACAAGGACUUCACAUACACAGAGGUGGUGGUGUGCAUCUUGGCAGAUGUCGGUAAGUGAACCUGUCUUGAUUCACCUCUAGCUUGUUGUAAUUCCAUAUACUUAACAUCUCUUGCUUUCCUCUAGUUCUUCCCACUUAUAAUGGGUCCUGUGGUGCUGAUCGCCUGAUUCUUGACAUGACCCACGGUAACCUUGACAGAUAUUGGAUUCCUUACAUCAGGAACCUACCUCUGACCAGAGACCUGGCACAAUCUGAGAAAUAUGUGAUCAAUGGACAAGGACCAGUCUUCCAUUUUGAAGUCCCUCUUUUUGCAGUUGGCCUGGUCUAUGAGGUGGUCUAUAGUCUUAAAACACCUAGAGCACUUUAGCUUGCUCAAUGCUUUGUAUGUAAAAUUCUUUACAAUGUGCAGAUUUCGAUGGAAAUAUAGCUACAUUUGAAGUCACGUUUUUACACCCCCGGAUUGUCAAUCAGUCCUGUUACUUCCUGACUUGGCAAGCUCAGUGGAGCUAUUGCCCAGAACACAUGCCUUGCAUUUGCAAUGAAUGCAUGAUUUCAUUUGGGUAUAUCUACGCAAAGUUUUUUUUACUCUUGGCUUGGCAAUUGUGGUUCCUUUUAAAGUAGUGCUUGACUUACCAGCUGUGGUGCCAAAACUUGCUAACAAUUUGCAGUUAAACAGCCUAACAUCCAUGCAGUAGGAUAGCUCCUCAAGGUUCUGCUCCCUUGACCUUUUUAAUGUCCCACAUUGUGCACCUUGCAUUCUCAUGAGAUGCAGGAUAAGUCUGCAAGCCUCUUAAACUUAAUUUGGUUAGUCUUAAAAUGGGAUAGUCUGGCCAACCUCCUGAAGACCUUUAUUUUGGCAGGGUAUUCUGAAUCUCAAACAAUAGGCUGUUUGUGUUUGUAGGGUACCACUAGUUCCAAUGAACUUAACCUGAAAAUAACUCUUAAUGAGGCUUUUGAGUUCUGGCCAGGACCGUUAACACAGUUUAACAGGACUCAGCACUUGGUAGCAAUACAUCCUGUUCAGCAAUGAGCACUCCUUGGAACAAUGUCAAACUCAAAGGCUAACACAGGCCAAAUAAAUCAUGUUUAGGCUUAUGUGGGCCGCAAAAGUCAGUUUUCAUAGAAACAUAGGUUUAUUUAGAAUACCAUAUAAAAGCCUACAGACACUGGACGUCCUCGCUCGUGGGGCUUCAAAGUAAACAAAAGAGCACAUUUUUUUGAGAUGUAAAUUUGCUUAUAAGCAAUGUUUCUGUCAAACGAACUUAACAUAUUAAGUUUGGUAAUGGGACUGAAAUGGUGAAUGUAUGCUGUUGCACAGCUGUAAAAAUCAAAUUGCGUGAUCUUGUUUAUUUUGAAGUUCUGAGAGUGGUCUUCACUUUGGCUGAGAUCAUCAAACUUCAUCUUAGCCAUUCCUAUGCUUUCCCAUAGGAAAGCAUUGGGAGGCUAUUGUGCAUGUGUGGCAAAAAGCUGCACAGCCAAAUGUCAUCUCCAUGGGAGCAUUCAGCGCCUCCAUGCAAACCCAUUCGAAUACACUGCCCCACUCCCUCCCCAAUUUAAUACACUGCUUGGCCCCUCCCCAAAUUAAUACAGUGCCCCUCCCUAAAACUAAUACACUGCACACUUCUCCUCCCUCCCCCAAUUUAGCACCCUACACAGGUAGGUCCCCCAAAACCCAUCUUCCCCUACCUUAAGAUGAGCUGCCCCUCCACUUCCAGUUACACCCAACUGGCUGUCAGAUAACUGGUUGGUUAGCUCAGUGGAGCUAAACUAAAGAGGCAGCAAUGGCCCAGAGCACCUGCCUUGCAAAGACUUCUUUGAGCUGCUUUGGGAAGUCUGGACAGCCUGAGCUAUCUGUCUUUUGUCUAUUUUAUUUCUCUUAAAUAUUGUGACAAUUUAAAAUGGCAUAAAGAAUAGAUAAUUUGGCACAUCCAGUGUUCUGCAUGUCACUGAUCCUUUGUAGGUAAAAGCACACAGGCUGUCUUGUUCCAAAUGGGUAUAGGAGUGGAAAGAGGAGUCUAUAGUGGAUGAUUUAAGAUUGGUCACUUUUUUAAGAUGCUAACUUAAAAAGCGCAACUUGUAGUUUCCAAGUUUGAGGCCCUAAGAUGGCCUUCCCAGCUUUGUAUCCUACAUGAUUAACAUUACAAGCCUUGUCUGAAGUGAGAAUACAUUGGCUAAACUAAUCUGGAAUGACCUCUUCACUGCUGUCCUCUAGGAUAUCACACUGCGGGGUAUCAUGGCUCGUCUGGACUGGAGUCUGAGGGACAACAAGACCCUGGAGAUAAAGAGCAAGUAUUCAGUUUUCUGUCGAUUCCCCACAGACCGGCUGCUUGGUGAGUUGGCUUUUUCGUAUAUUCUUACAAAUUCAAUCAACAAACCUAACCAGAAUGGCUAGUUCUAAUAAAAACUUAAAUUAUUUUACAUGAUCUCUGAACUAUAGCUACAAACUUGUUGAGACACCUAUAAGUGGUGAAACAUUCAAUCUUCUGCUCUAAAAUGUAAAUUAUUUUUAAACACGUCUAUAUAUUCUGUAUGGCAGAAGCCACCAACUCUUAGCCAGUUAAUGGUAUAGUUUCCCACGUAGGUAACUUGAGUUGAAAAUCUGAGUAAAGACCCUGUCAAUUUUCAUGGUAACAAGGUUUUUUUGUUUAAUUUUUCCAUACUUUAGUUUGUUUCCCCAAUGGCACAGUAAAGGCAACCGUAAUUGGCUUGGACACCAAACCCAACUUUAAUCCUCAGAAAACACACUUAAAAGAUCCCACGUGCACUCCCAAAGAGGCAGAUGACACCUUGGCCCUGUUCUCGUUCUCGGUGUACAACUGUGGGACAGUCAGAAAGGUAUCACCACGAUCAUUUCUCUCAUGGCAGACCAAGCAUGGGGUAUCCAGCUCUCAUAUAAAAUCCAGUUAUUUUGGCUUUUAUCAGAGCUUGUGAUUAUAGUCCAGCUUUUUCUCAAAGCUAUGCAUGCAAGUCCUUGACAAUAGUGGGUUCUUUUUUUUUAGUUUGACGGAGACUUCCUUUUGUAUGAAAAUGAGGUUACCUUUGAUCGUGAAGUCUUGCCAGAAAAUCAACCCAUAAUAUCCCGCGAUUCGAACUACAGGUGAGACUUUCCUUGUCCAACUUUGCCUUAUGAGCAAUAGCAGUCCUUAUAUUUUCAGUCUCUUCACCAACUUCAUCUUUAAACUUGAAUGAUGCUUUCAAAAAACUUUGUAUCUAAUGUUCAGGUUGACCCUUCGUUGUAAAUAUCCUGUUCGGGACAUCCAGCAGUUUCAUGGCAAGUUAAAGGAAAUUCCAAUCAAACGUGGAUUCUCUGCAGUUUAUCGAAGCAGUCAAGCCAGAGGUGAUUUCUCUAAAUUAAAAUGAUCUGGAAAAACUUGUAUUCUUUCAGAGCUGUAAUUUGUACUAUUCUUUCAUCAAGCUCUGAAGAAGAGAGAACACGACGAAUUGGGAGCAGUGUUGAGGCUUUCAAAAGGUAAGGACACUAAAGCAGCUGAAAGCAUGACCAUGAAAGCCGGUGUGAGGAGUAAAUUCUGUUUGGCAGUAUACGCAUGAGUAACUGUUUUUUUACUGCUAAGGUUGUCACAUCCCAUAGUGUAAAACUUCCAUAGUAAUGAAGCUCUCCUGCAGAAUGUACUGCUCUCACACAACCAGUAGCCGAGACUUGGUGAAGGGAGAAAAUUAACUUUGAGAAAAGCACAAGAAUUUAUACCCAGACCCCCCCCAGCAUGGAGUCUCGCUUCAUUGUAAUCGAAGACUGCCCAGACACCUGUCUGUGAUAAUCGAGUCCAAACUCUGGUAACGAUCUCCCGGAUACAGAGCUCAAUACAGAAAUCACCCAAAAACUCAUGCCACAGAGCACCCCCACAUGUCAUACCAGUGGAAAGCUCUCUGGAGCACCCACUCUGUCCAAAGGGCUCCUGGAUCAGAUAGCUAGCCUGAAUUAGAUGAAAGUCAAAGUUCAGUGGGAUGCAGCUAGCCUCCAUUCCUUCCCAGAGUGCUUGGUAGCUUCCCUGGUCACCUAAAAACCAUGGUUACAUGGAGCACUCUAGUUCUUGGUGGUCAAGGUCUCACCACUCUCUUGGUGGUAAGACAUUGAACACCAAGAAUGUGAUGGUCCUGGGACAGAGCAUUCUGCAGUCUUGGUGGAUUGCAGCAACUCUGCCAUCCACGUUGGAGUUCUAGGAUAGUUCAGGGUUGCUCCCAGUCAGGUGCACCAUACCUCCGCAGGCCCCUGGCUGACCAAAGGCUGCUCCUGGGCUGCAGGAAAGGGGUGCUGAGCUGUGAGGCAAAGACUGAAGGGUUAAUCUAUAGUGAUGGUAGUCAUUUGAGCGGGGUUGGGCAUUUGAGGAGCUAGGUGACAAGAGGAUCAAUCACUCUUGACCUGUCUGGGAAAGGAGACAGAUUCGUGGAAGGGAAAUGUUCUCACCAUUCUCUCAACUAGUCCUAGGAGGACCAAGGUGUGAGCAGAAUUGGAACACCACUCUAAUAUGCUAGAUUAUGACCAUGCAUACUACCAUCUAGUCUACAAGAAUACUGAGCUACCUUUGUCUAUACUGCUGAGUUUUUCAAAGUGCCAUGUCCUAUCUGCAUGUUCUAGAUGACACCUUUACCAACUUCUACCAGUCUGAGGACUUCCCUGUAGCCAUCCAGCGAGCAGCAGGUCUUUAUUUUGAGGUGGAUGUGCCCCGGAAACUACCUGGCUUUCCUCCAGCCAUGCUGCAAGAAUGUUGGGCAACAAUAACUCCCCAGAAGGAUGGCUUUCCUCAGUGGGACCUGAUAGCUAAUGGGUAAUGAGGAGUGACUGUGUUUCUUUCAGUUUACCUUUAGAUUAAUGUGUUUAAAUGCUUCACCUUUGUGGCUGACAAACUCUUUCUAAUUGAGUGAGUAGUGCUAAUGAGCAUGCAAUCAUUCUAGGUUUUUAUAUUCUAAACAAAGCUUUUCAAAGAUGUGAUUGACUUGUAGCCUACCCUUUGAAAUAUUGACUUGCGAAUUGACUGUAAUAUCAAAAUACCAAAUGCAUGUUUUUGUUUUUUUAACUUGUAUUUCUAUGUACCUCCUAUCUUGACUUGUUGCCACCUGGCAGAGUGAAUUGCUGACACUUGUUGUAACACAAAUAUUGACCUGGGAGUACUAGGACACGCAACACAAGGGCUCGGCAAUGACCAGAAAUCACUUAGACACUUUGUUUGCUGUUCUGCUCAAACAUCCUUACUGUUAUCUGAGUUACUAGUACUUCUCCUGGCAGGGGACAAUCUGGCUGUCCAUAGGCUAUGGCUAAUACUGGUCUGCCUGGCACUAACCUGAUAGAACACUGGUAGCUCUCUCCUAAGAUUUUUCUAGAAGAGUGGGAGCUGCCAUUUGUUUUAUCUACUGUGACCUUCAGAUAUUGACGGGGCUUGUGGGUGCCAUGGUCUCUGGCAUCUGUGUGAAAAUGUCUGAGGUCCCUGUGACCUGCACAUUCACUAAACAUCUUAAAGUGGAAGUUGCAUUUCCCCACCAGCAAUGUAAAAUUGGUGAACAUGUCUACCAGUUACGCAAUUGGCAAGCUGGUGCUACUUGGCUGUAAACUACUCUAGCCAGCUGUGUUAUAGAAUGCAAUUGUGGAGUACUCCGGAUGUGAAGGAACUAGACAAAUGUACAAUCAGCAUUCUGCUGGCAAGCUUUUGAUAUUCAAUAACUUGGCAGCUGAAGAGACAUUGUGCUGUCAACAUUUUUAAAGGCCAACAGUAAUUUUUUUUUUUUUACUUUACUUCCAUUAGUUAACUGUAGCAGAUCGGCAAUAUUAAAUCCCACGAAUUCCGCUGGUACAUACGGUAAUCCACAGUAAAGUGCUGAAAAGUAAUGCAACAUCCCAAAUCCGCCAGUAACCUAACGAAACACAGUUCUGGGAGUCAACUGAGGUCUUUAUUUGCAGCUCCAGUAUUUAUGCAAGUCCCCAUGCAAGGGGUUUCCAUACUGCCAUAGCAGGGGUAACACAGUAGAGGACUACAUGGGGGACUUCACAUUCUGGGCAUUUCUUCCAUCAGGCUCUGCUGCACGAGAGGGACACUCCCACUGGAAUGUACCGUUAAGUGGAUUAUCCCUCCGUGCAGCAGAACCCGCAAUUUACUUUAAAAUAUAUAUCUUUCUCAAUACUUGGUUGAUUUUACACAAAUGGACAUUCGGUAAAUAGCUGGGGUCUGAGCAGAGUUCGUGAGAUUACCGCCCAGAUCCCAGCUAAAACAACCAAACGCCGCAUGAAAAACAUAUUCUUCGUAACACACACUUAAAAUAACGAUUUGGUAUACAGGGAGUAAAAUACUGAAGAGCCUGGAGCCUGCAAAGGCGCUGUUCGUGAAACAAAAUAGAAUACAGCUAUCCUCUUUUGGCAGAUAGCUAAUACAGGCAAUACAACAUACAGGAUACAGCAGAUUACAACCAGGCACAUAUACAAUUGCAGGAAAUAUACGGGCAACCCUUAAAACAUUGUCUCUGUUUAGUCAAAGUGACUAGGUUUGCCACAUUAACGAAACUCAAAGUAUGGUGGGAUUCGGAUUUUCAUAGAGGUGAUAUUUUUUUUACACUGUUGUCUCUAGGUGUGCCAAAGACGGUAUAAAUUCAACCACCAUUAAUCUGUCACCAGACUCUCCCCCACGUUUCUGGGUGAAAAUGGAAGACCCAAUCAGCCAGGUGAAUAGAAUUUGACUUUCUAUUAAUGCAGAAUGUACCUCUGGUUUUUUUGUGCAUUUUUUUUCUUCUCUAAUACAACUUUUCUUGUUGUAGAUCUAUGUUCAUUGCCAGUUAGCACUGCAUGAGGCUGUGAGCUGCCAAAACACAAAGAGGCCAGACCAAGAGACAGGUGAAUGUGCCUUAAUCUGCUGAGCAGUCUGGAUUUGUACCUACUGUGUGUUCCUGGGAUGCCUAACAUUAAAAUGCAUCAAGAAUUAAAUGCCAGCUACUCUAAUUAUAAAAUGCCAAACUUAAAAGCAAAUCAUCCCCUUCCAGUACAUCUGCUCUAGCUAUCAAUGUUGCACUGUGGGUUUAUUCCCCUGAAAGCCCUCCCCCCUUCUAACUGCACUUCAUCCAGAGGUCCAGUAGCUGGUCUGAGUCUAGACUGACAAUCAUUGUAGACCGAUCACUCGACAGGCAAAUUCAUGCCAAGUUUCCGUUUAGAUAUCUAACUACCAAUUUACCUUUCAGAGAAACGAUCUGUGCCACCAGCUGGACCAUAUCCUAUCUCAGUCGGACCAAUCACCAUUGUAAAAGAUAAUGGUGUCCAGUACCUGCAUGUUGGUGAGUAUGUGGCUGACUUUUGAGAUGCCUCCGAAGUAGGAGUAAUUCCUGACUACGUCACUCUUCUGUCCUAGGUGAGAAGACUUGGUCAUCGUGGGUCUGGAUCUUGUCUGUAGGACUUGCGGUAUUUGUUGUGUUCACUAUUGCAGCAGUCUCAGUAGCUGCUCGGAUUUUUGUAUGCUAA